CUGCUUUCAGGAAGAGGAGCAGCUGCACAGUUGGCCGCGACCUCGGCGGGUGGGCAUCUGAGAGGCCCCGAUCGAGAAGCCUGCGAGAGCAGCCUAGCUACCCCUGUAGGAGGAGCCAGUCUGAGCCCAAGGCGCCACCACCGCAGAAGCAGCGCAAAGUAGCAGUUGCCUCCAUGGCCCACUCACCGGUGGCUGUCCAAGUGCCCGGGAUGCAGAAUAAUAUAGCUGAUCCAGAAGAACUGUUCACAAAAUUAGAGCGCAUUGGAAAAGGCUCUUUUGGAGAAGUUUUCAAAGGAAUUGAUAACCGUACCCAGCAAGUGGUUGCAAUUAAAAUCAUUGACCUUGAGGAAGCUGAAGAUGAAAUAGAAGACAUUCAGCAAGAAAUAACUGUUUUGAGUCAGUGCGACAGCUCAUAUGUAACAAAAUACUAUGGCUCCUAUUUGAAGGGUUCAAAACUAUGGAUUAUAAUGGAAUAUCUAGGUGGAGGUUCAGCUUUGGAUCUUCUACGUGCUGGUCCAUUUGAUGAAUUCCAGAUUGCCACCAUGCUCAAGGAGAUUUUGAAAGGUCUGGACUAUCUACAUUCUGAAAAGAAAAUUCACCGAGACAUUAAAGCUGCCAAUGUCUUGCUUUCUGAGCAAGGUGACGUUAAACUUGCUGACUUUGGAGUUGCUGGCCAGCUGACAGAUACACAAAUUAAAAGAAACACCUUUGUGGGAACUCCAUUUUGGAUGGCUCCCGAAGUUAUUCAACAGUCAGCUUAUGACUCUAAAGCUGACAUUUGGUCUUUGGGAAUUACUGCUAUUGAACUAGCCAAGGGAGAGCCUCCAAAUUCUGACAUGCACCCAAUGAGAGUUCUGUUUCUUAUUCCAAAAAACAACCCCCCAACUCUCGUUGGAGACUUUACGAAGUCUUUCAAGGAGUUUAUUGAUGCUUGCCUGAAUAAAGAUCCAUCAUUUCGUCCUACAGCAAAAGAACUUUUGAAACAUAAGUUCAUUGUAAAAAAUUCAAAGAAGACUUCUUAUCUGACUGAACUGAUCGAUCGAUUUAAGAGAUGGAAGGCCGAAGGACACAGUGAUGAUGAAUCUGACUCCGAUGGCUCUGACUCGGAAUCCACCAGCAGAGAAAGUAAUACUCACCCUGAAUGGAGUUUCACCACUGUGCGUAAGAAGCCUGAUCCAAAGAAACUACAAAAUGGGGAGGAGCAAGAACUUGUGCAAACCUUGAGCUGUUUGUCUAUGAUAAUCACACCUGCAUUUGCUGAACUUAAGCAGCAGGAUGAAAACAAUGCAAGGCGAAACCAAGCAAUUGAAGAACUUGAGAAAAGUAUUGCUGUGGCUGAAGCUGCCUGUCCUGGCAUCACAGAUAAAAUGGUGAAGAAAUUAAUUGAAAAGUUUCAAAAGUGUUCUGCUGAUGAAUCCUCUUAAGAAAUUUGUUGUUGUUAUUGUUGGCUUCUGUUUCAUAUGGACCCAGAGAAACCCACCAAAGCUAUGUCAACCUUAAUAAUGCUUAACCCAUGAGCUCCGGUGCCUUUUGGAUCUUUGCGACAUUGAAGAUUUUAGGAGAAGCUAUUCAACUAUUUUGUGAUGGUGGCUAUCAUUUUGUAUUUUAAAGAGAUUAUUUUGUAAGGAAUAAUUUUAAUACUAUAGUUUUGCCUGUAUUGUAGUAAAUGUUGAGAUA